AUCAGCUUAUACAACUUUCCCCAUCAAAGAUUUCAUUGCAAUGGCAUCUACUUCAGCUUCGUCCGUUCAAAAGAGCUUCAAGUACGAUGUCUUUUUAAGUUUCAGGGGUGAAGACACUCGUAGAAACUUUGUUGAUCAUCUCUAUCACGCUCUUACGCAGAAAGGCAUUUACACAUACAGCGAUGAUGAAGAAAUCAAGAAAGGAGAAAAGAUCAGUGAUGAGCUCAUCAGAUCUAUUGAGGACUCCAAGUUUUACAUUAUUGUUUUCUCCAAGAACUAUGCUUCUUCAUCGUGGUGCUUAGACGAACUUGUCAAGAUUAUGGAUUGCCAGAAGACGAACGAGCACACUGCUUUCCCGGUCUUCUAUGAUGUGGAACCUACCGAAGUCAGGAAACAAAGUGGCCCCGUUGAAAAAGCAUUUGAGAAACAUAAAGAGGAAAAAUCUGCCGAGAAAUGGAAAAAGGCUCUUAGAGAAGCUGCAGAUCUGGCUGGGUGGGAGUUGAAGAACAUCUUUGAUGGAUUUGAGAUUAACUGUUCAUGCGGGAUUUUGAGAUAUCUAUUUGAAUCUUCUUUGACACACAGGCAUGAGGCGAAAUUGAUCACAAAAAUGAUGGAAGAGAUCUCACUAGAGCUGCGUUUCACUAACUUGAGCGUUGAUGGGAAAUUAGUAGGCAUGGAGACACGUGUAAAAGAUGUGGUUUCAUCUUUAGACAUUAAUAUUGAAGAUCAUGUUCGCAUGAUAGGGAUAUGGGGGAUGGGAGGGGCUGGGAAGACAACUUUGGCAAGAGCUGUUUUUGAUCAAAUAUCCUUUCAGUUCGAAGGUUCAAGCUUUGUUGGGAAUGUAAGGGAAAUGUCAGGAAACCCCUGUGGAUUGAAGUCGUUGCAAAAACAAGUACUUUCAGAUGUGUUAAAUGACCCAAACAUCAUAGUAAAUGGUGCAUCUGACAUGAAAAGGAUGAUGCGUGGAAGAAAGGUUCUUGUUGCUCUAGAUGAUGUGGAUCAUAUAGACCAACUUGAGGCAUUAGCUGGUGAGCCUAAUUGGUUUAAGCCGGGGAGCCGAGUUAUCAUUACAACAAGAGAAGAACAAAUGUUGGUGGCACAUGGAGUGCCAAAGAACUUGAUUCUUCACAUCAAUAUGUUAUCGUGUGAGGAAGCAAAUUGCCUCUUCAAUAGGUAUGCAUUUGGGAGACUGAUACCAAACCAAGGUUAUGAAGAGCUAGCAUGCCAAGUUAUACGUUACGCAGCUGGUCUUCCGUUGACGAUCAAAGUUCUGGGUUCAUUUUUACGUGGUAAAGAUGAGCUUGAAUGGAGAGAUGCUUUAGACCGACUAAAAACAAUUCCAUUAAAGGAAACUCUGAAGAUAUUGGAAGUAAGCUAUGACGGACUAGAAGAGGAUUACAAGGAAAUAUUUCUAGAUGUUGCAUGUGUUAGUGCACUUGUGUCUUGGAAAGAAAGAGCAAUCAGAGCGCUUGAAAGCUGCGGAUUUCAUGCCAGAAGUGGUUUAAAAGUUCUUGAGCAAAAAUCUCUUAUAACUAUAUCUUAUGGGUGCUUGGAUAUGCAUGACCACAUAGAAGAAAUGGGUAAGAAUAUUGUUCGUCGUUUGCACCCCAAUGAGCCUCACAGACAUAGCCGAUUGUGGAUUAAAGAGGAGAUUGAAGAUAUAUUGGUUAAUAAUAAGGGUACUAAAGCAAUAAAAUGUAUAAAACUGGUCUUUGUCAAUCUAUCUGUUGCCAAGAAAGGUCUUCAAAAAAUGAGGGGACUUAGAUUUCUUGAAAUGGGUUAUCUAUGUCAUUAUGACCGUAGCUGCGAGGAUAUUGGUGAAGAUAACCUAUGCCUACCAAAUGGGUUAAGAUAUUUGUCUUUGUACAAUUACCCUUUUAAGUGUUUUCCCAAAAAAUUUCAACCAAAUAAUCUUGUUGGCCUUGAAAUGCUGCACAACAAUAUGCAUCUACAUAGGGAAGUGGGAGAAAAGAAUUCAUUCUUAGGUUUUGCUCUUGAUACGUUCUAA